UAUUUUGUAUUCAUUUACAAAUUUAUUUACAACUGAAAGUAAACGUAGAAUACAGAGAAAGAAGAGAGGGGAAAGAACCAAAUUCGUCAAGACUCAAGAAGAAGGAGAGAACAAUGAGUGAUGAUGGUCCAAAACUUUACACCACCAAACCCAAAAAAGCACACCUGAAGCAACACAGGGCCAAAGAAUUCUCAUCUCCUCCAUCCAUGGAGACUCCUACGGCGGCGCCUCCUCCUCCUCCUACGCAACUUCCGAAGGAAUCUUUUGCCAAACGCUACAAGUUCUUGUGGCCACUUCUCUUAACUGUGAAUCUUGCUGUCGGAGCUUAUCUGUUUAUGAGGACCAAAAAGAAGGAUAUAGGAACAGAAGAUGGCGAAACUGCAGUUGAUGUUCCGUCUACUCCAAUUGCAACCACAACUACAACUACAACUACUACAGUUACCGAAAAAUCAACACCCACCACAUUGAUCAUGGAGCCACCAAAGGCACGCCCACCUAUCCUAGAGGACCAGCAGCGUGAGCUUUUCAAGUGGAUAUUAGAAGAGAAAAGGAAAGUCAAACCUAAGGAUCCAGAAGAGAAGAAACGUAUUGAUGGAGAGAAGGCCAUUCUCAAACAGUUUAUUCGAUCAAAAUCUAUCCCAAGUCUCUAAAAUCUGGAACCUCUAUUUUUUUUUGACAAAAAAUUAUGGAUUUCUUAGCUUUGGUUUCUUUAUCUAUUGUUUGUUCUGGCCCCCUCUUUACGAUCAAGUUUGCGCUUUGGGUGAAAUCCUGUGAAAACCUUUUGCUGCAGUUGAAAAUUUGUAAUUCUUUGUGUUUUUGCAAUUGAGGGAACAUAGCAACAGGAACCAUGUAGCCUUGGUAUAGAUGGCCUGCAAGGUGACAUCUAAGGUACUUAUAAACAGACUCAGUUUAUUCAA